AUGCAUACCGGGCCAUGCCCUCUCGAAACGGUGGAGUCAGUGCGCGAUCUCCUUUUGGAUAAGGCCCCUUUCAGAGCCGUGGUGAAAUGGAGAAACGCCUCUACCAACUUUCUCCGUUGUCGGUCAGUGCAUGGAGGCGUCUGGAGUGGAGUGUGCGUUCAGCGAGUCACGAAUUUCGUUGCUUUUCCAAGUUUCGUCCCAACCGCCUGCGGCACCCUCCCAACCAAUGCGUUCACCGCACCUUCCGCCCGCACGAUAGAUGCUACGAAGCCGUCUUCUGACGUGCAGCCACACUCCCUUGCCGCAGUACACAAAGAACACUCACAUGCCGCUAAAAGCGUACAGGAGAGACACCUGUCCAAGGCAAGGCUCCAACACCAACAUCUUGAUCGACACCAUAUAAAGACCAUACUGCAUCGCGUAACUUUCACCACACACUUCCUGUUUACCCUCCCCACUUCUUCUCGCGCUCCCCCCAUCCCCCCCGCCCAGUCGUGCAAGCCGUGCUCGUCCUCACCCUCUCGCCCCGUCGUCUUCCGUCGCCUUGCGUACUCUCGCCCGUACGCGUCCACCCCGGCUGCUGCAGCCCCGACGGCAACCAGCGAUGAGAAAGUCCCACCCUCUGUUGAGCACGGUCUCGGCACUGUCCGAGAUGUGCUCAAGACCAAGGGCGAGAAGUUUUUCUACACUCGUGGCGAUGACCUCGUAUACGAUGCUGUCAAGAAGAUGGUUCAUCACAACAUUGGCUCUCUCAUCAUCGUUGAGGGUGCAGAUAAGCGUCCCGUUGGAAUCAUCACGGAGACAGAUUAUCUGAACAAGGUUAUCGUCAGGGGUCGCUCAUCCAGGAGCACUCUCGUCCGAGACAUUAUGAGUACCAAGCAGUUUACAAGCGUUGCCCCUAGUGCAACUUUGCAUGAAUGCAUGGAACUCAUGACGGAACGGAGGAUUCGGCACAUUCCAGUCGUCGACCAUCAGUCUCACAAGGUUCUCGGCAUGGUCUCUGUCGGAGAUAUUGUCAGUGAGCUUGUGGCUGCUCACAGGCGCAAUGCCGAGCACAUGCGCUCCUUCAUCAGCGGUGGCUAUUAACUUUCUCACCACAACGCCAUCAUUCUCCACAUAAUUGUUCUGCAGGUCGGCACCUCCCCGGUUCUGGUGCACGUGCUGCAUCGCUUCGUAGUCACUGUAUAAUCUUGCUGGGAGCUCGCCAAAAAUCGUUGCUAUAGCUAACCUGCCUUCUGCAUCUUCGCGUGCCUUGAAGAGCCUUGUCCAUUGCGCUGUAUCUGAUACAUAAAGCGGCUGACGGCUCUAAAAGGGGGCACUUGGGA